AUACACUCGUUACGGUAGUAGGCGUGCAGGCCUGUUUGUUAAAGUGACGACGCUAAGAGUAAAGCGCAUCGGACGUCAAUACAAGGUAAGGCGCUCCGAGACAAGUAUUUCUAAGGGAAAGUUUUGGCCAUCCCGUUACUUGGUAUGGACUGCAAGCUUGUGAUCUUCAGACACUGCUUCCCUUUGCCCUCCUUCGCCCUUGCUUGUCGAGUUCUGGCAGCGAAGCAUAGCCCAUCCGCAGGAGACACUUGCUUCUGUCUGUCUCAUCCUCCCCCCGUCAUCACAUGGUUGGAAGCGCUGUUGUCGCAUGCACAUCUUUCAUUAAUAACCGACAUACGCCGCCCAGUCGCCUUCCUUGCGAUCCCGCUGAAGACGGACAUUCGACAUUCCCGCUCACGUAGUGAAUCACGCACAUCUGAGAAUGCGAAAGAACGUGUGAGCAAGCAGAUCUAUACUGGCAGAGUAAGCUCUUCGAGGUCCGCAAGCCGGUUUUCGAGCAGGUCCGCGGUGGCAAGGUUGGUGUCUGAGUGUUCCCAACAUGAACAGGAAUUGAGCGGACGGCCUGAGCUUGCGACGACAUGAGAUACUUGGCAAGGACGCCCAGCGCACCAGUUGACUGAAGGACG